AUCAUAUGACAAUCGUAUGAAAUGCAGAAAUAUUGAAACUCUCUCACAACUUGUGUGUUUUAAAGAAUCGAAUAUCCAAGAAAAAGACUGCGAAUUUUCAAAACAAGCAAUACAGAACAGACCGAAAACUCAAGGAGGAAAAAGUUUCGAAUGAUCAUUGACGACAACCCGACAUAAAUGUUCGAAAGAUGAGUUUAGUUUGCAUUGUCUUCUUUGCUGUAAUAUUUUCAAUUCAGUCAACAACAGUAGCCGCAUUUUCUACGGGCGUCCCUAACAAAGCGACAGUGUGGGACCUAUUUCAAUGGAAAAUACACAUUCGAAGACUGCAACGGGAUAAUAUAAUCGUUUAUGGUCUGUCAGAUACAACAGUUGCAUUGGACAACAUUCAAAUUGACUCAGCGAAGUGUGACGACCCCAGGGAAGGGAGUGGAACAAAUGGCCAGCGAGAGUUUACUAUCCGCUGUAAAUGCAACGAACUCAGUUCAACAUUUUAUAACAAAUCCAAGAGUUGUGUACUUAACAGAAGAUUAAAACAAGAUUGUCAGUUUAAGACUGGUUCGCUAAAUUGGAGCAAAGGAUGGAGUUGGGAUGCUGUGGAUGACACAUUGAUAACAAUAGACAACAGGCAUGCUCAUGGGAUCACAACAGGUUUCAACGUGUCGACUCAAGAGUACAAUACAUGUUCAGCGACGUCGUUGAGUUACUCCGACAAAAAUUUAAGUUGGAUCGAGGCAACAGAUUACUUUUUUAACCACUCAAAGCCAGUUACGUUCAAGUUGAAUAAGAGAUGGCAUUUCUCCUGGCACCUGUCUGAAAACAUUAGGCACGAAAUAGAAGGGAAAAUUCUCAAGUUUCAAAUCACAUGCAGAAAAAGUGACGAUGACGAAGACAGCUAUGUUGGUGUGACGUCAUGCUUACUUGUAAAAGUCACAGGAGAGUUUAACGUAACGUCCAAACAAUGGGGUUAACGGAUGUCAGAACUGUGACAGGUGAAGGAAAGAAAAAAUCGACCUCGAUUUCCAUGAAAACCCUACUUUGGAUAAUAUUCAUUCCCAUUAUUGUGGUCGCUGUCAUUAUUUCCAUUUUGGUAGCGGUAUGUUACCUUAAACGAAGAGGGUGUUUCUCUAGAAGUGAAGACUCGUUACCAGUCCAUUUAUCGCAAGAUGAUGCAACACAAGCCAAACUGACGAAAAACGCAGACCGGACGAGUCUCGUGUUUAGUUCACAGGAGAAUGGGACGAGUGUGAAUUGCACGAGUAUCUCGCACACAUGCAUUUUACGUUUUAAAUGAUUUCAUUCACAUGUUAAACAUACUUCACAAAAGAUGAAAUUUUUAUGAAAUAAACACUAAAAAAUUAAGUAUUUGCACACAGCGUAUUGGUACCUAGUUAUGCAAAAUCAAAAUCACAUUUCACUGAUAAGCAAGAGAGUCAUUCAUUAAAGAAGACUCACUCAAAUAACCCAUUAAUUUAUUGCACUGUUGUACGUGCGUAUAUGCACGACAUUUAUGACAACGUAUUUACUUUUAGUGCAAAUAAAAUAAUUAGAAAAACAGACAUUCCUAUAGACUGCUAAUUAUAUUAUAUAUAUAUUUUAAACCUGGCUUAUAGAAAUGACUAUUGACGGAGUUCAAUUUAUAAAUAAUUUCUUAAUGCGAAUAAGUGGGGCGCGAACCCAUAAAAAUUAAAUUUCAUUGUGAAA